CAUACUGGUGAAAAGCAUUCAUGUACAAAAUGUGGAAAAGCUUUCACACAAAAAUAUCAUCUUCAGUCACAUGUGAGGAAGAUUCACAUUGGGGGAAAAACAUACCAGUGUACCACGUGUGGAAGGUCCUUUAAUCAUGCAGGCAAUUUUAGGAGACACCAGAUGAUCCACACAGCUGAAAAGCGUUAUCAGUGUACAAUGUGUGGACAAUCUUUUAGACAUAAGCAAUCCCUUCAACAGCAUCAGAGAUCCCACACUGGGGAAAGGCCAUACCAGUGUACAACGUGCGGAAAGUUCUACAAUACUUUAUACAAUAUGAAGAGACACCAGAUGAUUCAUACAGGUGAAAAACCAAACCAGUGUACCAAGGAAGAAAUGAAUUCUGUGAUGGAAGUUAAAGUGGAAGAAGAGUCUCUUACUGGAAACAGUCAUGGUAGUAUGAUGUCUACCAGUAAGGCAACCAAGCCAUCCCAACUGGUCACACCCAAGAAGGAGGUUAAAGAAGACGACUUCUAUCAAGAAUACUCCCACAGAACACAUGAGAAGAAUGAAUCGAAAACAGCAUCCUGUAAAGAAGAAAAGAUUUCGUUCCUGGAUAAUAAAGAGGAAAAUGAGAAUUCCACGAUCGAGGCUGGCAACAAUGCCAUGAUCCCUGCAAGGGCCUCUGGUGUUAACAAGCAUCAAGGGGGAAGACCACACCAGUGUACCACAUGUGGAAAGGCCUUUACACUUCAAACUAAUUUAAGCAGACACAUGAAGAUUCAUACUGGUGGAAAGCACCCAUGUACAAAAUGUGGAAAAUCUUUCAAACUAAAACAUCAUCUUCAGUCACAUGUGAGGAGGAUUCAUACUAGUGAGCAUAAGCAUUCAUGUAUUACAUGUGGAAAGUCCUUCAUACAUCUAAGCUCUUUAAGGAAACAUGAGAGGAUUCAUACUGGGAACAAAACACACCAGUGUACCACUUGUGGAAGGUCCCUCAGAGAUCUAAGCUCUUUAAGGAAACAUGAGAGGAUUCAUACUGGGGAAAGAGCAUACCAGUGUACCACUUGUGGAAGGUCCCUCAGAGAUCUAAGCUCUUUAAGAAGACAUGAGAGGAUUCAUACUGGGAGAAAAACACACCAGUGUACCACUUGUGGAAGGUCCCUCAGAGAUCUAAGCUCUUUAAGGAAACAUGAGAGGAUUCAUACUGGGGAAAGAGCAUACCAGUGUACCACUUGUGGAAGGUCCCUCAGAGAUCUAAGCUCUUUAAGAAGACAUGAGAGGAUUCAUACUGGGGAAAAAACACACCAGUGUACCACGUGUGGAAAGUCCUUUAUUCAUGCAGGCAGUUUUAGGAGACACCAGAUGAGUCACACAGCUGAAAAGCGUUAUCAGUGUGUAAUGUGUGGACAAUCUUUUAGAGAAAAACAUACCCUUCAAAAGCAUCAGAGAACCCAUACUGGGGAAAAGCCAUACCAGUGUACAACGUGCGGAAAGUUCUACAAUACUUUACACAAUUUGAAGAGACACCAGAUGAUUCAUAUAGGUGAGAAAACAUACCAGUGUACAAUGUGCGGAAAGUUCUACAAUACUGAACGCAAUUUAAAGAGACACCAGAUGAUUCAUACAGGUGAAAAAACAUACCAAUGUACCACUUGUGAAUGGUCCUUCAAAGAUGUAAGGAAUCUAAGGAGACACCAGAUGAUUCAUACAGGCGAAAAGCCAUAUCAGUGUACCACAUGUGGGAAAUAUUUUAGAGAAAAAUAUACUCUUCUGUGCCACCAGAAAACCCAUUCUGGGGAAAAGCCUCAUCAAUGUUUCAUAUGUGGAAAAGCUUAUAUAACAAAAGGUAAUCUUCAGACACACAUGAAAAGUCACAUCCAUGUAUCACAUGUCGAAUCUCAUUCACAUAUGCAGUCUAGUAAGGAAACACAAGAUGAGUUAUACAAAUAAUACCAACUCAUGAAUGAAUAUUCAUAAACACACAUCUAUGCGCGCGCGCACACACACACACACACACACACACACACACACACACACACACACACACACACACACACACACACACACACACACACA